GAAGAUUAGAUCAAGGACAGCUCCACCUCUCCUUGGCCUAAGAUCACAAACUUGUUUUGUAUUUGGACAUUUAAUGGACUUGAUUCUGAACUCUGCUCGGGAGCCAUAAUGGCGAAUCUUAAAGAGGAGCUCUUGAACACUCUGGAGAAAUUAGAAGAAAGGGAUUUUAACAAGUUCAAGUGGUUCCUGAAACAUGAUGACAUCCUGGAAGGCUUUAAAGGCAUCCCAGUGGCUCGGCUGGAGAAGGCAGAAAGGCAGGACACAGUGGAUCUAAUGGUACAACAAUAUCAGGAGCAUGGAGCGCUGAAAGUAACCUUGAAGGUUUUAAAAAAGAUCCACAGGAAUGAUCUGAUACAGUGUUUACAACAAUCCAUCUCACAACCAAAAGACCUCAAGAAACGUGACUUCUCAUUUGCUGAGGGACUCCUUGCAUUGCUAAAGGAUUUGGAGGAUGAUUCUGAUUCUGAUGAUGAUUCUGAUUCUGAUGAUGAUUCUGAUUCUGAUGAUGAUUCUGAUUCUGACUUCAGUGAUCAGAGAGAAUAUGAAAUAAAGAAGGCUGAGCUAAAGAGUGUCCAACAGUUUGCAGUUCAGGUCACUCUAGAUCCUGAUACAGCACAUCCUAAUCUCAUCCUGUCUGAAGAUGGCAAACAAGUACAUCAUGGUGAUGUGAGACAGGAAUUUCCAGACAACCCUGAGAGAUUUUACAGAUGUGUUAAUGUCUUAGGAAAGCAGAGAUUCUCUUCAGGAAGAUUUUACUAUGAGGUUCAGGUUAAAGGGAAGACUGACUGGACAUUAGGAGUUGUCAAAGAGUCGAUUGACAGGAAGGGAGACAUCACACUGAGUCCUAGAUAUGGUUUCUGGACUUUUGGUCUGAGAAAUAAAAAUGAGUACAAAGCCCUUGCUGGCCCUUCAGUCCUUCUCUCACUGAAGUCACAUCCUGAGAAGGUGGGAGUGUUUGUAGAUUAUGAUGAGGGUCUUGUCCGUUUUUAUGACGUAGACACUGCAGAUCGUCUCUACUCCUUCACUGGCUGCUCCUUCACUGAGAAACUCCUUCCUUAUUUCAGUCCAUGUACUAAUAAGGAUGGUACAAACUCUGCCCCUCUGAUCAUCUCUCCUGUCAAUCACCUACUGAACGUUAAGACACAUGACUUCAGUGAUCAGAAAGAAUAUGAAAGAAAGAAGGCUGAGCUAAAGAGUGUCCAACAGUUUGCAGUUCAGGUGACUCUAGAUCCUGAUACAGCACAUCCUGCUCUCAUCCUGUCUGAGGAUGGCAAACAAGUAUAUUGUGGUGAUGUAUGUAAGAAUCUCCGAAACAACCGGAAGAGGUUUGAUAGAUGUGUUAAUGUCUUAGGAAAGCAGAGUUUCCCUUCUGGAAGAUUUUACUACGAGGUUCAGGUUAAAGGGAAGACUGAAUGGGACUUAGGAGUUGCCAAAGAGUCGAUUGACAGGAAGGGAAAUAUCAGUCUGGCUCCUGAAGAUGGUUUCUGGACUAUAUUGUUGAGGAAAGGAUACAAGUAUGAGGCUAAUAAUGACCCACCAGUGCAUCUUUCUAUCAAGUCACAUCCAGAGAAGGUGGGAGUGUUUGUAGAUUAUGAUGAGGGUCUUGUUCGUUUUUAUGACGUAGACACUGCAGAUGUUCUCUACUCCUUCACUGGCUGCUCCUUUACUGAGAAACUCCUUCCAUUCUUUAGUCCCAGUACUAAUGACCGUGGUACAAACUCUGCCCCUCUGAUUAUCUCUCCUCUCAAUCACCUACUGAACGUUAAGACACAUGACUUCAGUGAUCAGAGAGAAUAUGAAAGAAAGAAGGCUGAGCUAAAGAGUGUCCAACAGUUUGCAGUUCAGGUGACUCUAGAUCCUGAUACAGCACAUCCUAAUCUCAUCCUGUCUGAAGAUGGCAAACAAGUGCAUCAUGGUGAUGUGAGACAGAAACUCCCAGACAACCCUGAGAGAUUUUAUAGAUGUGUUAAUGUCUUAGGAAAGCAGAGUUUCUCUUCAGGAAGAUUUUACUACGAGGUUCAGGUUAAAGGGAAGACUGACUGGGACUUAGGAGUUGCUAAAGAGUCGAUUGACAGGAAGGGAUCUAUCACACUGAGUCCUGAAGAUGGUUUCUGGGCUAUAUGGUUGAGGAAAGGGUACAAGUAUAAGGCUAUUGAUGACUCGUUGGUGCGUCUUUCUAUCAAGUCACGUCCUGAGAAGGUGGGAGUGUUUGUAGAUUAUGAUGAGGGUCUUGUUCGUUUUUAUGACGUAGACACUGCAGAUGUUCUCUACUCCUUCACUGGCUGCUCCUUCACUGAGAAACUCCUUCCAUUCUUUACUCCAUGUACUAAUAAGGAUGGUCCAAACUCUGCCCCUCUGAUUAUUUCUCCUCUCAAUCACCUACUGAACGUUAAGACACAUGACUUCAGUGAUCAGAAAGAAUAUGAAAGAAAGAAGGCUGAGUUAAAGAGUGUCCAACAGUUUGCAGUUCAGGUGACUCUAGAUCCUGAUACAGCACAUCCUGAUCUCAUCCUGUCUGAGGAUGGCAAACAAGUGCAUGAUAGUGAUGUAAAGAAGAAACUCCCAAACAACCCUGAAAGGUUUGACAGAUGUGUUAAUGUCUUAGGAAAGCAGAGAUUCUCUUCAGGAAGAUUUUACUAUGAGGUUCAGGUUAAAGGGAAGACUGACUGGGACUUAGGAGUUGCCAAAGAGUCGAUUGACAGGAAGGGAAAAAUCAGACUGGCUCCUGAAAAAGGUUUCUGGACUAUAUUGUUGAGGAAAGGAUACAAGUAUAAGGCUAUUGAUGACUCGUUGGGGCGUCUUUCUAUCAAGUCGCAUCCUGAGAAGGUGGGAGUGUUUGUAGAUUAUGAUGAGGGUCUUGUUCGUUUUUAUGACGUAGACACUGCAGAUCGUCUCUACUCCUUCACUGGCUGCUCCUUCACUGAAAAACUCCUUCCAUUCUUUAGUCCCAGUACUAAUGACCGUGGUACAAACUCUGCCCCUCUGAUCAUCUCUCCUCUCAAUCACCUACUGAACGUUAAGACACAUGACUUCAGUGAUCAGAAAGAAUAUAAAAGAAAGAAGGCUGAGCUAAAGAGUGUCCAACAGUUUGCAGUUCAGGUGACCCUAGAUCCUGAUACAGCACAUCCUAAUCUCAUCCUGUCUGAAGAUGGCAAACAAGUGCAUCAUGGUGAUGUGAGACAGAAACUCCCAGACAACCCUGAGAGAUUUUAUAGAUGUGUUAAUGUCUUAGGAAAGCAGAGUUUCUCUUCAGGAAGAUUUUACUACGAGGUUCAGGUUAAAGGGAAGACUGACUGGGACUUAGGAGUUGCUAAAGAGUCGAUUGACAGGAAGGGAAAUAUCACACUGAGUCCUGAAGAAGGUUUCUGGGCUAUAUGGUUGAGGAAAGGGUACAAGUAUGAGACUAUUGAUGACUCGUUGGUGCGUCUUUCUAUCAAGUCACGUCCUGAGAAGGUGGGAGUGUUUGUAGAUUAUGAUGAGGGUCUUGUUCGUUUUUAUGACGUAGACACUGCAGAUGUUCUCUACUCCUUCACUGGCUGCUCCUUCACUGAGAAACUCCUUCCAUUCUUUACUCCAUGUACUAAUAAGGAUGGUCCAAACUCUGCCCCUCUGAUCAUCUCUCCUGUCAAUCACCUACUGAACGUUAAGACACAUGACUUCAGUGAUCAGAAAGAAUAUGAAAGAAAGAAGGCUGAGUUAAAGAGUGUCCAACAGUUUGCAGUUCAGGUGACUCUAGAUCCUGAUACAGCACAUCCUGAUCUCAUCCUGUCUGAGGAUGGCAAACAAGUGCAUGAUAGUGAUGUAAAGAAGAAACUCCCAAACAACCCUGAAAGGUUUGACACAUGUGUUAAUGUCUUAGGAAAGCAGAGUUUCUCUUCAGGAAGAUUUUACUACGAGGUUCAGGUUAAAGGGAAGACUAAAUGGGACUUAGGAGUUGCCAAAGAGUCGAUAGACAGGAAGGGAUCUAUCGGACUGGCUCCUGAAAAAGGUUUCUGGGCUAUAUAGUUGAGGAAAGGAUACAAGUAUAAGGCUAUUGAUGACCCGUCAGUGAAUCUUUCUCUCAAGUCACAUCCUGAGAAGGUGGGAGUGUUUGUAGAUUAUGAUGAGGGUCUUGUUCGUUUUUAUGACGUAGACACUGCAGAUCGUCUCUACUCCUUCACUGGCUGCUCCUUCACUGAGAAACUCCUUCCAUUCUUUAGUCCCAGUACUAAUGACGGUGGUACAAACUCUGCCCCUCUGAUCAUAUGUCCUGUCAUUCAUGACAAAUAAUCAUGCUUUACCGUUUUCAUUUAUUCUUGUUGAUUAGACUUCUAGUCAGCUUGUAGAAGGAAAGGUUAAAGAUCAUCAGAGUUGAGCUGCGAAUCACAUGGUCUCCAUGCCUAAUGUACAGUAUCUACAGUAAACAGUACUGUCUCAAUUUUUUAAAACUACCUAGUGGAAUUUUAAUACUCUUUAAUACUUGUUUGUAUCUUGUACUCUAUUCGAACAUGUAACAUGUAACAUGUAAACAAUGUAAAGUCUUUGCCAUAAAAAGAAUUACUUGUAUACACUGUAUUUCAUAUUCUGAUGAAUAUUGUUUUUAUUUUUUGUUGUAAUGCAAUUUUUUUUUUUUACUAAUACACUGAUUUCUCUAAACUGAUUUAUUCAUACUACAAUAAACUUCAAAUGUGUUUCUCAUCAAACAUUAUCUCAUGUAAUCAAUGGAAUGGAAUGUUGUCGUUUUUUACUAAUCAUUGUAAAUAUUUUCCGCUAAUAAUUACACUAUUAACAAAAUAGCAUGAUUUUUUUUUUA